CCUCUAUCUCACAAUCUAUAUUUUAUCUUUUUUUCUUUACGAGCAAAUUGACUUCAAGAUCAAGUAGUUACACCAUAACUGAUGACGCAUUGUUGUGUCAAAUGUAUUUAGACAUAACUCAAGACCCAAUCAUCGGCAGAUAUCAAUCUGCAAAUGAUUUUUGGUCACUAGUUGAGGAUAAAUACAAUGAACACCGUCAACAAAAUCACGAGCAUCAUAACAUACGUUCACUUCGUUCAAGAAUGGAUACAAUAACUACUCAGGCACGAAGGCUAAAUGGGUGUGUCAAGCAAGUUGAGAAUUUGAAUCCAUGUGGUGCUUCUGAAAAAGAUAUUCUAGAUCGUGCUAAGUCACUAUUGUUUUGCUUAAGUCAGUUAAGAGCGACAAUGAGCAACUUAUAGAGAUGUUCAAGAAAUCGUUGUUAGAUAGACAUGAACAAUUGCAAAUCUAGCGACAAAAUAUGGCAUACAAAGAACAGAGGAGAGAAGAUAAAAUUAUGUUCAUGGAUUUGAAUUCUAUUGACGAUCCACAAAUGCGAGCGUAUAUCAGUGCAGAAAGAUCAAGAAUUUUACAAAAAAAUCUCAAGAAGGGGGAUCAUCUGCUGGAUUUGGGAAUCUAUUUGAUGGUCUUGGAGGGUCUGGAAGCGUGUUGAAUGACUGCUAAUUUCUAAAUUAGUAUGUACUAUGUAUGAUUUUAAUAAUAUUUUUAUUUUUUUUAAAUUUAAUGGUGUUAUUAAUUGUAAUUUUAGUUAUGCUAUUUUCUUAAGUAUCAUUUGUAUUAUGUUAUUAUGUUGUUUUGAUUUGAAACUUUAUUUAUAAUAUUGUGUGAUUUAAAUUUUAUUAUAUAUAUAUAUAUAUAUAUUUUUUCUAUCAAAUUAAUAAUUUAAAUUUGUU